AUGCUCCAAAACUUCUGGAAUUUUCAAUUCAUUUUCAUCAUUUUCUGCUGGAUCCCAAUUGUAUUCUCGGAUGAGGGGGAGAUCGAAAACAACCAAAAAAUCAUAUUGAAAAUCGGAAGUAUCAGCACGAGAGAAAAUGGGAAAAUGUUGAUGAGCAUCAUGGAGAUGGCCAAGAAAAAGAUGACUGAGCAAGGAGUUUUGGGGACAGAUUUUGGUAUUGAAAUUCUAAAUGUGGAAGGAUGUGGAUCUUCGUUUGAAGGCGUCGCUGGCGCCGCAGAACUCUUCCAUGUUCAGCAUAUUGACGCAUUUUUUGGACCAUUCUGUUCAAAAGAACUAUCUCCUGUUGCAACCAUGGCUUCCUAUUGGAAUAUCCCCAUAUUUGCCUACACGGCCACAUCCGCUGAAUUCUCGGAUUCCAAAGUCUACAAGACCUUGCUCAGAACCUCCUUCCAAUCUCUCUCCUCGAUUUUUGAUGCCACCGCCGCCUUCUUAAUACAUCACAAUUUCACUAAAGUUGCAAUUGUGGCGAACAUCGGAACGGAUUCCUUUGAAAGAAUUCAAAGCCUUGAGAAAUCAUUAAAAUCUCGAGGAAUCACAAUCACACGGAGAGUUAUGUUUGAAGAGAAUUCGAGUGCUGAGGAAUUAGUGGAAAAUGGGAUUACGAAUGAGUUAAAGAACAACGCAAGAGUAAUCAUCCCACUGUUCUCCUCCACUCGUGAUCUAUCUACCGUAUUCCGGAAUGCUACAAUAAUUGCCGAAAUGUCGAGCUCCGAUUUUAUCUACGUUCACCCGUUGAUUGUUGCCAAAAACUUUGCGGAACCUUCAACUUUUUAUGGGAAACUUGCUCAAAAAUCGAUGAAAGAAGAGUACCCGGACACGAUUCAAAUUUACAAUUCCUACGGAUUUUCGGAUAAGCUUCUCAAUGAAUUUAUGUCGAUUUUCAAUCAGGCAUCUAAACGGAUUUAUAUUGAUGAGAAGGGUCUAUUCAACUAUGUUGCACUCUAUGAGAGUUUUUGUGUUUUUGCGAAAUUGGCUCAAAAAUAUAUACGGUUCAAUGGGAAGAAUAUUGAAGGAAGAAAUGGAUUUGGGUUGGAUGGACAAUUAAUGCGGAAGAUGGCAGUUGGGAUGAAUUUUGAAGGUGUUUUGGAUAAUUUCACAUUGGAUAAUGGAGCAGAGAGAAUGACAUCGUUUAGUGCAUUUUAUGUGGAUUCGAAGAGAGAUCAGAUUCGAACUGUUGCCCUUAUCAACUCCACAACCACUACCAAAAACUGCAUGGAACCAGUUUGUGUGGACCUGAUUGUCUCAGACGUCGUCACCAAAUACUGGUCAACGCCUUCCGGAAACUUACCCGACGUUGAUCCAGAAUGUGGAUUCCGUGGAGAAAACUGUGAUUAUACACAGACGAUUGUACUUAUCACAGCUGCAACUUGCCUACUGAUGACUGCCGGCUUGGCAAUUUUGCUGAAAAGAGCUUGCGAAACGAAGGCUCUUGAAAAAAUGCCUUGGAGGAUUCUGAGAGAUGACGUGGAAAUUCUGGAUGAGGAACAAGCAAAAUCUGUGAUUUCUUUGGGGUCGGCAACUACAAAAAUGUCUCAGGUGGAGACGAAAUUGGUCAAGAACCAUGCCAUAGUGGGGGUCAACACACAUGCGAUUUAUGAUAUUUUUGAGCAGAGACAGAAUAUAAAGUUCAAGAGAGAAGAUUUGAUUUUGCUAACUAAGAUGAAACAAGCAGUUCAUGAUAACAUAAACCCGUUCAUUGGAGUAUCAUUCAACGAGAAAUCCGAACUUUUGCUGCUCUGGAAAUUCUGUAGUCGUGGAACUCUUCAAGAUGUGAUCUACUGUGACAAAUUCAAUAUGGACGAGAAGUUUCAUGGUGCAUUUGUGAGGGAUAUAACACUGGGACUGGAAUACUUGCACUCGUCUUCAAUAGGAUUUCACGGUGGAUUAGCUUCAUGGACAGCGUUGAUUGACAAGAAUUGGAUGCUGAAAUUGACAGAUUACGCGAUUGGAGAUCCAUUAAAACGAUGGGAGAAACAUGGAAGAAUUAAUUGUAAAGUGGAUAAUGAAUCGGAACAAGAGUGGCAAAAAAUGGCAAGCCUCUACGUCCCUCCUGAAAUUCGAACUGCAAACGAGAAAAAUCGAAUGAAACGAAUGGAUCAGAAAUGGCAAGCACAAUCGAUUCUCCGUCGUCAACAAUCUGAUAUCUACGCUUUUGGAGUCAUUAUUUAUGAAAUUUUAUUCAGAAGUCUUCCAUACGAUGAAAAAGUGGAUCUUACAGAAUUGGCUCAAAAAGCGUCAGAGGGUGAGAAAAUUCAAAGACCGUCGAUUCAGAAGAACAAAAAAUUGAAUCCGGAUAUGAUCGCACUGUUGCAGGAUUGCUGGAGUGGUCAACCAGACAUGAGACCAACGAUUCGAAGAGUUCGUUUGGCGACGGAAAUCGCUUUGAAAACGAAAGGAAAUCUGGUGGAUAGUAUGAUGAAGAUGAUGGAAGAGUAUGCGAACAAUUUGGAAAAAUUAGUUGGAGAACGGACGAAAUUGGCAGAGGAGGCGAAUUUGAGAGCAGAAAGAUUGCUAUUUCAGUUACUUCCGAAAAACGUGGUAAUUGAGCUAAAAGCUGGAAGGAGUGUUCCACCAAAGUUGUACGAUUCGGCUACUGUAAUGUUCAGUGACAUCGUAGGUUUCACCAAGUUAUGCUCCGCCUCCACUCCGAUUGAAGUCGUGAAUCUUCUGAACAAAUUGUAUUCUGAAUUCGACUCAAUUCUUAACAAACAAGAUUGCUACAAAGUCGAAACUAUCGGUGACGCCUACAUGGUUGUUUCUGGAAUCCCAAUGGAGAAUGGAAGACGUCACGUGGCAAAUAUUGCCUCUGUAACUUUGGAAAUUAUGGAAUUGUUGAAAACUUUCGUGGUUCCCCAUCGACAAAAUCAUCGAUUGUCUAUCCGAUUGGGAUUUGCUUCUGGACCAGUGGCUGCAGCAGUAGUCGGAUUAAAUUCUCCCAGAUUUUGUCUGUUUGGAGAAACUGUCAAUAUUGCAUCAAUCAUGGAAUCAUCUGGAGAGGGCGAGAGAAUUCAGAUAACGGAUUCGUCUAAGAUUCUUCUAGCCAAUGAAUAUCCAGAAUAUAUUAUAGAGAUCAGAGGAAUCAACAAAGAAGUGAAUCAAUCAGAAUUCACAACUCAUUGGUUGGUCGGAAAGGACGAGGAAUACUUCAAGAAAAAAUAA